GCGCGUUCAGCAUCUAACCCCUUCAGGAAGCCUUGGUAUUGUUAAACAUUAUGGGCUGUACCAUAACAUAAGGGUGUAGGGGCGGAUGGUGUUCUUCGGUUGGACACCUUCUGUCCCUCUUGCCUGUCUGUCUGACAAUGGAACCGGAGCCUCACGGCGGUCUGCGCAGAGACUGUACGGUGUUGACCGAUCUCUCCUAGGUUUUGGGUGUUUGUUAGGAAGAAAAAAAAAAAAAACAGGGACAUCUGCAGAUAGCUAAGCGAGGCAGACAACAAUUCUACUUUAACGCCAGGAAAGAAAUUUGUCUGCUUUGUGUAUGACCACACUGUUAGCGGGGGCGGGGAGAGACACCUGGAACCACUCUGUUUUUGUCUUUGUCUUUUCUGUGAAGAUGUCCGUUUUGGCUGCGAUGUUACGGCUGCUAAUUACAUGUACCGUCAUCACCACAUCUUAUGGCGCAUCGUCAGCAUCCCGGAAGUGUGAGGACAGCUUGGUAACACUGCUUCCCAACAAAGCCUUCAACAGUUCAUCAGAAUAUGGCCGAGGAUAUGGAGCCGCUUUUGCUAAACUCAACAGAAUACAAGGUGCUGGAGGCUGGUCACCUAUGGAUACAGACCGUUACCAGUGGCUGCAGGUAGACCUGGGCUCUAGGAAGCAGGUAGUUUCCAUAGCAACCCAGGGCCGCUACAGAAGUUUCGAUUGGACAAGUCAGUACCGGCUGCUUUACAGUGACACAGCCAACAACUGGAGGCCCUAUUUAAAGGAUGGAAACAUUUGGACAUUCAAGGGGAAUAAUAACAGUGAAGAUGUUGUACGCGAAGACUUACAACAUGCUAUAGUGGCCCGCUACAUCCGCUUCAUCCCAUUAUACUGGAGCCAAAAGGGGCGAAUUGGAGUCCGCUUUGAACUCUAUGGCUGCUCAUAUUGGGCUGAUGUAAUCAGUUUUGAUGGCCACAGCAUCAUCUCCUAUCGCUUCAGGAGCAAAAAGAUGAAAUCUGUGAGGGAUGUUAUUUCUCUGAAGUUUAAAACCACGACCAGAGAUGGGGUGCUGCUUUAUGGUGAGGGACAGCAGGGAGACUACAUCUUGCUGGAGCUUCGCAGGGCAACAAUGGAGCUCAGCAUCAACUUAGGAAGCAAUCAAGACAAUAUGAUUCAGGGUCACACCUCUGUAACCAGUGGAAGCUUAUUGGAUGAUGGUCAUUGGCACUCUGUUGUCAUUGAGCGUUACCGUAGAAACAUCAAUUUCACGUUGGACCACCACACUCAUCAGUUCAGGACUAAUGGAGAUUUUGAGCACCUGGACCUUGACUAUGAACUUACAUUUGGAGGACUUUCUGAAUCUGCAAAGAUGGGUUUUGGUGGCAAAGAUAACUUUGUUGGCUGCAUGGAAGGAAUCACCUACAAUGGAGACAACAUCACCAGCUUGGUGCGCAGAAAGAAGGUUGACACCUCCAGCUUUCGUAACCUGACAUUCGCCUGUGCUGAGUCCAAUUCCUUUCCUGUCUACUUUAACUCGACAUCCUUUCUGUGGCUGCCGGGUCAGAGGGACAGUGACACUCUUUCAGUAAGUCUGUCUUUCAGGACAUGGAACCCCAACGGAGUGCUGAUGUUCACACAGCUGGCUGAGGGUUGGUUGGAGUUGGGAUUGAUUGAAGGCAAGGUCACAGUCUACAUAAACGUGACACAGAAGAGGAGCACACGUAUUGACAUUUCAUCAGGGUUAGGUCUGAAUGAUGGCCAGUGGCACAGUGUCCAUUUGAACGCACUGGACAACUAUGCUAUGCUGACAGUGGAUGGAGAUGAGGCAUCCACCGUUAGGACCGCUAUUCCCGCCCAGAUCAAGACAGGAGGAACCUAUUACUUUGGAGGCUACUUUUCACACACUAACAGGCGGUUGCUACAGCGCUCUUUCCAGGGCUGCAUACAGAUGAUCCUCAUAGAUGACCAUCUGGUGGACCUGCAGGCAGUAGAGGAGGGUCGCAUUGGAACCUUCGAAAAUGUUAGCCUGGAUAUGUGCGCAAUUAUAGACAGAUGUGUUCCUAACCACUGUGAGCAUGGUGGGAAAUGCUCUCAGACGUGGGAUACGUUCAGCUGCAAUUGUAGUGGCACAGGCUACUCUGGAGCAACAUGUCAUACCUCACUGUAUCAGCAGUCCUGUGAGGAAUAUAAGCAUCAAGGGAAGAGCUCGGGCAGCUUCUGGAUUGAUCCUGAUGGUAGUGGCUCUAUAUCCCCCUUUAGAAUACACUGUGACAUGACAGAAUCAAUGGUUUGGACCACUAUAAGGAACAAUCUAUCUCCUCAGAUGUCAGUCUCUGCAGUAGACAAGGAUGGAAAAACAGCACUUCAGAUUACCUACAAUGUCACUGAAGAACAGAUUUUGUCAAUUACCAACAGAGCAGAAAGGUGUGAACAGUAUGUAGCCUAUACCUGCCGAAUGUCUCGUCUGCUCAACAGUCCAGAUGGCUCUCCAUUUACCUGGUGGGUGGGAAGAGACAGUAAGAGACAUUUCUACUGGGGGGGCUCAGGACCUGGAAUACAGAAGUGCGCCUGUGGUAUUGAAAACAACUGUACUGAUCCUAAACACUACUGUAACUGUGAUGCUGACCUCCGAACCUGGAAGGAGGAUGCAGGCCUGCUUGUGUAUAAAGACCAUUUGCCAGUCAAUAGGGUUGUGGUCGGGGAUACAAGCAGAGUCGGAUCUGAGGGCAAACUGACUGUUGAGCCUCUUAAAUGCCAGGGGGACCGCAACUUCUGGAAUGCAGCUUCCUUUACCAGCCCCGCCUCUUCACUUCAUUUCAAGUCCUUUCGAAGUGAAACCAGUACUGACAUCUCCUUCUACUUUAAGACAUCUUCCAAUCAUGGAGUUUUACUGGAAAACCUGGGAGCAAACAACUUCCUUCACAUUGAAAUCAGAGGAGGCUCAACGGUCUUGUUUUCGUUUGAUUUUGAAAGAAAGCGGAUGGAGCUAACUGUUCAUUCACCAAAGCCUCUAAAUGAUGACCAGUGGCACCGUGUAGAGGCUGAGAAGAAUAUUAAAGAGGCAGUGCUACAACUUGAUGGUCAGUAUAGAGAGGUCAAAGCAGCCCCACCACUGGGACACACAGAACUGGAGUUCUACAGUGACAUAUAUAUUGGUGCUUUGAGUGGUCAAAGGGGCUUCCUGGGCUGCAUGAGGGCCCUGAAAAUAAACGGUGUCUUCUUCAAUCUGGAAGAAAAGGCAAAGUUGACUCCAGGGGUGAAACCAGGCUGUCAGGGCCAUUGUAGCAGCUACACAAUGCACUGCAGGAAUGGAGGGAAAUGUGUGGAGCAAUACAAUGGAUACUCAUGUGACUGCUCUCUCAGUGCAUAUGAUGGACCCUUCUGCACUGAUGAUGUUGGAGGAUAUUUUGAGGCAGGAACCCUGGUGCGUUAUGAUUUUCUGUCAGAUCAUGGAGCAUCUUUGUUGGGCAACCCGAGGGGCUUUUCACAUUUUGGUAAUUUAGGUGAAACCAACCUUACUCAGGAGGAGCUAAUCUUCAGUUUUAGCACAUACAGUGCUCCAAGCAUUCUGGUGUACAUUAGUUCAAGAUCCCAGGAUUACAUGGCGGUGGUGCUGCGACACAAUGGCUCUCUUCAGGUCCGUUACAGUCUUGGGGGACUAGCAGAACCCUAUACCAUAGAUAUUGACCAUCGCAACAUGGCCAAUGGACAACCCCACUCUGUGAACAUAACAAGGAAUUUGAGGGAGAUUCAACUACAGCUUGACCACUACACCAUGUCAACAUACACCCUACCUGAGGCUUCUGACACACAGUUCAACUUGGUCAAAAGUAUCUUUCUUGGGAAGGUCUUUGAAACUGGACAGAUUGACCCCAUUUUAAUUGAACGCUACAACAGCCCAGGCUUUGUUGGAUGCUUAUCAAGAGUUCAGCUGAACAAUGUGGCACCGCUGAAAGCUGCAAUUCGUUCAGGCAUGACAGCUCCAGUCAGUAUUCAUGGAAUACUGGUCCAGUCCAAUUGUGGAGCCUCACCCCUGACCAUCCCCCCCAUCCCACCUGCUAAUGACCUUUGGCAAAUAGAUGCUGGUGGAGCAGUUUUCCCAUUUAAAGACGAAAAGAUUGGUGGCGAUGCUGUUCAUCACAAUUUUGCAGUAAUUGGAGGUAUUAUCUCCCUGGCCAUCUUGACAGUGUUGUGCAUCAUGGUGUUCAUGAUUCGCCAUGUGUUCCGUCACAAGGGCUCAUACCACACUAAUGAGGCCAAGGGAGCAGAGUCAGCAAACUGUGCCGAUGCAGCCAUUAUUGUCAAUGACCCGGCCUUCACUGAAACAAUUGAUGAGAGCAAGAAAGAGUGGUUCAUCUGAAGCUUGGAAACUUCACAUAGAGAGAUGUGUAGUGUUUUUAAGCUUUUCGAGUAUGUAGGAAGUGGCCACCUGUGGAACCUCAAGGAUGUAUGAGCCUUUAUUUAAAAAAACAAAUUGUGGACAACAUACACUAUGGGAAUAGAGAGAUAGUAUUAUGGCACAAAAGCACAGCACGUCCUACCAGAGCCUGUCUUAACUCAGAAUGGUUUUGGGCAAAUUUCUUCUAAAGGGGACAAUGCAACAAAGUAAAAACCUUUACAGGAUAGUGCCAUAAAAUCAAAGAAUGAACAUAUCUUAGUGCAUGCAAUUUUGGAUUUUUUUUUAUCAUUCUAAAAGUACAUUUUUGUUGAAUGUCUUUUAGUCAAGUUUAGUUUUUUUUUUUAUUUUUAUGUUUUUAUCUUUACAUUCACCUUAUUUAUAUAUUUAUUUAUUUAUCUUACUUUUAUUUAAUAUUUGAUCUUCAUCAAAUUUGGCACUGGUUGUAUCCAUUAUUUCGCCACAAGAAGCCCAUAUUUGUAACCCCUAUUUGAGUUUUAACUUUUAGUUUUUACCAUAUUUAAAGACUUAAGCUUUGAUUAAACAAAUGAUUUGUGUGUACAAUCUGGCCUGCCUCUGUGUAGACAUGAUGAAGCUUUGACUGUCUUUACAACAAUUAGGCUGUCGACCUUUUUCAUUCUUGCAUUUUCCAUUAUAGACAGUAUUGGCUCUUGUAGUUGUUGUUUUUAAAAUUCAAGCUGAGUCCUAUUAGGUCAAACAUUUUCUUAAGAAUAUGCUUUUUUCAACAUCCAUCCUUCCAUCCAUCCAUUUUCUAUAUCCACUUCUUCCAUACAGGUUCGUGGGGUAGCUGGUGCCUAUCUCCAGCGGUCUACGGGCGAGAGGCGGGGUACAACCUGGCAACCUGGACAGGCAGCCAGUGCUUUUGUCUAUACUAAUAUAUAAUUAGGUAUUUUUGUGUUUUUUCUUAUGUUGCCAAUCUUGAUUUACCUUUUUAAGGCACAUGAAAAGUCUUGACUGUACUACAUUUUGGAUGGUCAGAUGGUCUUAAAGAAUUCCUUUAAAAGGACUUGUGUAGCAUCCGUCUCUUAAAAGCAGAUAUUUCCUGCGUUUUUGCAAAGGAAUGUUUAUUACUUACAUGUUUAGCUCUACCUUAAUCCCUGACAUUUGAUUGUAUUUGAUCUUAAUGCAUUUGUAUUCAUUUGAUUGUGUUGCUGUGAAAUCGUAUGCUGUCUGACACUGACUUACGCUAUGUUUUUGUUUAUGAGCCACUGUAGAACCACAUAGUUUUCUUCAUGUUCCAUGGAUAAAAAAUUGCUUGAA